AUGUCACCAACCUUACCGCCAGGGAGGAAAGAAGAGACUGACGCAAGUAACAAAACCUUACAACCUGGAAAGAAAGUACGACGACCACUGCAAACAGAUAUUUCAAAAUUUAACGUUAAUAUUAUUACUACCAAUCAUACUCAACAUCAAAAACCACCAUCAUCAGAAAAAUCUAAAAAAAGACCAUCAAAACCACUAAAUGGACAACACCACCCCGUUAAACCUCAACCAAAGAAUCACAUAAAACAAAAACCGUUAAAAGUGCAAAAAAAACCUAUUGAGUCUCAUCAUCCACAAAAAACUAUAAAACAAAAAACACCCAAAGUACAAAAUCAUAUCGAGUCUCAUCAUCCACAAAAAACCAUAAAACAAAAAUCACCCAAAGUACAAAAACAUAUCGAAUCUCGACAUCCACAAAAACAAAAACCACAAAAAUUACAAGAACAUCAACAAAAGAAACAACCGCAACCACAACAACAAAAGCAAAAGACACAACAACAACAUCCUCAAUCAAAGAAACAACUACAACCACAAAAGCAUCCACAAUCACAAAAACUAAAAUCACAAUCACAACCAACACAAAAGCAAAAGAGACCACAACAACCAGCAUUGAAUAAUCAUAGUUCGAAAAAAGUCCAACAAAAAAUUAAACAACCACAGCAACAACAAAUUCGACCAAAACAAGUCACACGAAAUCAAUAA